GUAAUGAAAAUAAGUUAAGUGAAGAAUAAAAAAAUAUUUAUCUGCAUGAAUAAUUCAUCAACAUUAUUAUCAUAAUUUAUUUAUUGCAGUUGUUUUUAUAACCAUUACAAUUUAUUAUUCUAAUACAAUAAAUUAACUGCUUGGAUAAUCUUGUUUAUCAAGAAGUUUGAAGAAGGCAUACACUUAUAUAUUAGUAACAAACGGUAGGUACAUAACUAUGGCGACAUCACCGGCCAACGGAAGAGUAGUGGUCAUAGCGGUAGACGCCAGCGACAAUGCCAUGUCUGCAUUCAAAUGGUACUUGGACGAAGUUUACAAGAAGGAUGAUUUCGUCGUCAUCUGCCACAUUCCUGAACUGCAGACACUACCGCUGAUAUCUUUCAAAAGAGUGGGUCUGCCAGUGGAAGAGUGGCAAAAGAUGAUGGAGGAGCAGAUCGCUAAGAUUAACGAACUACACGACAAAUAUGAUUUUGAAUUAAUUUCCAAAAAGAUUCCACACAAGAUCAAGAGUGAGCACAACAAGUCGCCAGGGCAGGGCAUCAUCAACGUAGCAGAGAGCGAGAAGGCUAGGCUGAUCAUCAUCGGCACCAGAGGGCUUGACCUCGUCAGAAGGACAGUCCUCGGAAGUGUCAGCGAUUACGUCGUCCACCACUCCAAGAUCCCAGUGCUCGUCUGCCCGAAGAUUGAAAAUUAAAUCUCCGUGUAGCUCUUUUUCGGAUUCUAUAUCUGAAUUUAAAAAUUUUUUUCAUAUUAAUGCUGUUUCAAAUUUGCUAAACAUUUUGUGUCAUAUGAAACAAAAGUGUUUAUUAAUUUUAUAAUAAUAAGAAAAAUUUUAUAUUAUUACCUGAUAAAUUUUUUGUUGUUAUCAUCGUGUUAAUUAACAAUUCAGCUUUUAAUCACCGUUAAUAAAUGAAUUUAUUUUUUAAUCGAAAUAAUUUUUAUAGAAUUUCCUGGCCGCUUGUUUUGCAAAUGGGCUUCAUCUAAAAAAUAUGUCAUAAAAUAUAAAU